AUGGCUUCCGCUAUGCCGCCCGCAGAGAACAUGCCUGAGAAGAAGGAGAAGUUAGAGCCCCAGAUCAAGUCUGUCGAUAUGAGCGAGGAUAUGCAGGCGGAGGCUAUCGAAGUUGCACAGGAGGCCAUGGAAAAGAACACCAUCGAGAAGGACAUUGCCCAGCACAUCAAGCGCGAAUUCGAUCAGAGGAAGGGUGCGACCUGGCACUGCAUAGUUGGUCGCAAUUUCGGUAGCUUCGUCACGCAUGAAACCAAACACUUCAUCUACUUCUACCUCGGUCACGUUGCGAUCCUGUUGUUCAAGACCCAGUGA